AUGAAACUUGCGGGCAUUAGUUCUGCAGAGUUUCCAUCAUGCCCUGUGCUUCUCUGUAUUGCUCUUGCACUUUGCUUUAACCAAGUCUCUUCCACUACUAAUCAAACAGAUAAACUUGCACUUCUCGCAUUUAAGGCUAGUAUAACCAGAGAUCCUUUCUGCAUGCUCAACUCAUGGAACAAUAGUAUUGAGUUUUGCCAGUGGUAUGGCGUUACAUGCGGCCGGAGACACAGGAGGGUCACGGUCCUGGACUUACAAUCACAAGGACUCUCCGGAUCAAUCUCUCCUCAUAUUGGGAAUCUUAGCUUCUUGAAGAAAAUGCGGCUCCAAAACAACAGUCUCGAUCAUGCAAUCCCUCCGCAAAUCGGCCAGUUGCACCGCCUUCGUAUCUUACUACUACACAACAAUUCAUUGGUUGGUGAAAUUCCCAAAAACAUAUCAGGUUGCUUGGACUUGUUAGCACUCUGGGUUUUGCGUAAUGAGCUAACUGGAGAAAUUCCUAGGAAGCUCAGUUCAUUGACGAAGCUCCAGGAUUUAGUUUUGCAUGUUAAUAAUUUAACCGGGAACUUGCCCUCCUUCAUUGGCAAUUUAUCUUCCCUGGAGAAACUUUCUUUAGGAGGGAACAACUUGGGCGGGAGCAUUCCCCAAGUUCUAGGCCACCUAACAAACUUGCAAUUCCUUCUCCUUUCAUUUAACAUAUUGUCAGGUACAAUUCCACCUUCCUUAUUCAACCUCUCUUCACUACUUAUUUUUUCGGUUGGACUCAACCAGAUACAAGGGACUCUUCCAAUAGGUAUGGGCCUCAAACUCCCAAAACUUGAAAUUUUUGAUGUUGGUGACAACCAACUUGAGGGGCCGAUUCCUCCCUCGAUAUCGAAUUACACAGAACUACGUUAUCUUUGCAUUGAUACUAACGGAUUUUCUGGGAAAUUACCAUCAUUGGGAAAUUUGUAUAAGCUAAGAGUUCUUCAAAUGUAUACAAAUCAGGUUGGAAGUGGAAAACCUGAAGACUUGAGCUUCCUUUGCUCAUUAACUAACAUCACCAAACUAGAGGAAGUGAAUAUCGGCUUUAACAAGUUUGGUGGGGUGUUACCUAAAUGUCUAGGUAAUUUAUCCACCACUUUGAACCAAUUUUCUACAGCCAUGAAUCAAAUAUCUGGUGAGAUUCCAGAAGAAAUUGGGAAUCUUGUCAACUUGGAGGUAUUAUUUCUGAAUUUCAACCAACUUUCAGGUGUUAUCCCCUCAAAUUUGGGGAAUCUACAAAAUCUAAAGAAGUUGGGGUUGAGUCGUAACAACCUCAGAGGGACUAUCCCAUCUUCAUUGGGAAAUCUAACCGAGAUGAUAAACCUAGAUCUUAGUGGGAACAACUUUCAUGGGCAAAUUCCUUCACGUAUAUCAAAGUGCCGGUCUCUUAAUAAACUUGAUCUAUCUUAUAAUAAUCUUAGUGGUGCCAUACCCCCACAUCUUAUUGGUCUCUCAUCAUUAGCCAUCCUUUUGUGUUUGUCUCAUAACUAUCUGACUGGGAUUCUACCCACAGAAGUUGGCAACUUGAGAGCUUUGACCGCGUUGGACAUAUCUGACAAUUUGUUGGUAGGUGAAAUCCCAAAUAGUUUAGGUGAUUGCACUUCGUUGGUAUCAUUGAGGAUGGAAGGCAACUUCUUCCACGGGUCGAUUCCACAAUCAAUCAAAUCAUUAGGAGGCAUCGGAGAACUAGAUCUUUCACGCAACAAUUUAUCAGGUCAGAUUCCAGAAUUCUUAGCAGUAUUUCAAUCCUUAGAACGUCUGAAUUUGUCAUACAAUAAGUUUGAAGGUAUGCUACCAUGUGAAGGAGUCUUUAAGAAUGCUACCAGUACUUCCAUUGUUGGGAACAAUGAGCUCUGCGGCGGAUUGCCGGAAUUUCAUCUCCCCAACUGCAUUUCCAAAAGCCUCAAAAGCAGAAAGAUCAAUAUAGUGAUAGUUGUCGCUUCUACCAUUUCUGGAGUUGUUGGAAUGGCUCUUAUUGCAGCUUUUAUAUAUCUUUGUUGGGUGAAGAAGAAAGUAAAUGAACCAGUUUCAAGUUCAAUGGAUGAUUCACAUUUGAAUGUAUCUUACGGGACACUCCUAAAAGCAACUGAAGGUUUUUCUUCGGCAAAUUUGAUCGGCGUUGGAGGCUUUGGUUCUGUUUAUAGGGGGAUACUCAAUGACAAUGGAACGGUUGUUGCCGUGAAAGUGCUUCAUUUAGUCUGUCGUGGUGCUCUGAAUAGCUUUAUAGUUGAGUAUAAUCAAAUGAGCUCAAUGGGUCUUAGAGGGACAGUGGGUUAUGCUCCACCAGAAUAUGCAACGGGAUGCAAAGUUUCAAGAGAAGGAGAUGUCUAUAGUUUCGGCAUUCUAUUAUUGGAGAUAUUCACAGGUUUGAGUCCCACUGAUGACAAAUUCAGAGAUAAUUUGACUCUUCAUAGUUUUGUCACAGAAGCUUUGCCUGAACGAGUGUUAGAAAUCACGGACAGCUUUUUGCUUCAAGAAAUAGAGAGCCAUUUAGGCUCCUAUAGUCGUCGGCAUUGGUCUUCCGAAGGGGAUAACAUAUUUCAAGAAUGUUUGGUUAUGGUGUAUAACAUUGGAGUUGCUUGUUCGUACCAAGUGCCAAGAAUACGGAUGAGCAUCAAUGAAGCUGCAAAUCAGUUGCACCGGAUUAGGAAGAAACUCUUUGCAUUGGGUUUACAUGAACGAGAUGAACCGCCGAUAGCUUAA